AUGACUAGCCGGAAAGAAGGGUUCGCCAGCAGGAGUUUGGAUGAAAUCACCUGCAAGACGGGGCUUUGCACAGGCUGGGUAGCCCAUGAUGAUCAGGUGGCAUAUGAGGUCCAUUCCCAGCAAGGCGUGGACAAACAACUGCAAAAUCCGUCAACUCUCAACACAGACAAUGGCGUAGCUGCAAGACGUCAGCGCCAGUUUCAAUCUGGCAAUCCAAGACCGGAAAGACAACAGCCUUCGUUGGUGACCCAUCGAUCCAGUUGCAGCCUCUCUGAAGACGCUCUACCAAUGAAAAUGUUGAUACCUGCAUGCAGACACUUCAAUGAGCAUAUGCGAACUGCUCUGCGAUAUGCAGUGCCACAUCCACCAGUAACAACCACGACACUUGUCGAGCUUGAUCUCAAUUGGAUACUGCACAACAUGAAUCUUCGGAGCGACAUUAAUUUUGAACCUGAUCUCCACUUCAUGCCAGUAGGGGGAAAGCGCGCCGAACGAAAGCGAAGAGAAGCACAAGAAUAUUGGUUAGCGCUGGCAGCAGAGCUACAAAUACAUCUUCAUACCCGCAUGGAUUGCCCUCCCUUGCAUCAUAACCAGGUGGCUUAUGCCCACGACGACUUCUCACCACGCCUCGGACAGAUGUUGACCGAUUUGAGAGAGCUGUUGGAGACGCUCGUUCCUGACAAAGACCAUAUCAGCAUUGCUGAGAAUUUGGACGUGGCUUUUCUGAUGCAACAAGUCGAGAAUGGCGUCCUUGAUAUUUCUCGGUUUGCAAAAUGGCUAUCGGCACUGCUAAAAAGCCAUUGUGCACCUAUACGAGACGCAUGGGCUGAUUCAAUGGCACAACAAAUCGAUGAAGGCGCACAGAAAUCAGACAUGAUCCUGUUGGUCAGAGGCAUAGAGAAGCUAUUCAGCGUUCUGGAGGCAAUGAAGCUGGAUGUCGCAAACCACCAGAUUCGUACCUUUCGUUUUCAGCUGAUGGAAGAUACGAUUCCCUUCCAACAAGACUUCUUUGCAAAGCGUAUCAUGGAUGGCAAAGUGGGUCCAGAAUUGUGCCGCGAUUGGUACGAUCGAGCAAGACAGAGGCACUUGUCGUGGUCCAGUUCUUUCGGCACUCCGAUGAAUGAGGAUGCUUAUGCAAGCCUGAUUUACGGCUUGAUCGCCUCUUUCUCCUCUGUCCCUAGCACAUCUGCCUUACCAAAAUCAUUUCUGUACGAUCUUGAACGUCUUGAACAGUUGCGGAUUGAUACGCACGAUCUGGGACACCUGAGAAUGUGUCUUAUUGUUUUUGAUGAGCUACAUUCGUGGCUCGGCUCAGGACGACCCACGUCCGUUUCCUCAAAGGUUUAUACACAGCUUCAAUCAAGGAUCUUGGCGAUUGUGGAUGAACAGACCGAGGUUGGGGACCCUUGGCAGAUCAGCUCAGCCAGUGUUGCGUUGGAAAUAACACGUGCAGCUUAUGAAUUCUGUGGACAUUCGCAAGUUGUCGUGCCAGAUUGCUUGAUACAGUCCACGCUCUGUCGGAUGAAUGAUUUGGUCUCCGGACAUACGUCUCAAGGCAUGUUCAUUUGGGAGUCAUUGCAAGAAGACUUGACCUUCAAAGCAAUUCAUCAUGCUCAAAUCUUCAACGACAUGACUCCACUGGCCGUGUCGAACGCGCAGCAACAAUGGCAACAACGGCGGGAACAACAGACGAGCUUUCGACCUCUGCCGGAAGUUGAAGAUGUUGCUCGACGCGUGGCCCACGUGGGAAUUCUUCACUGGAAGAUCUGGGCAAAUCUCGUCUAUCUCGACGACGGGGAGGUAGCUUCUUCGGAGCUGGGAAGCCUCGUUGAUUCGCUCACGGAAAGCCAACCAGGGGAUCGAGCAACAGUGUUGACUAAUGUUAUGAAUCCUGUCGCAAUGGUGGUUGAAUGA